GCGCGCCCCCUCCGACCGUUGAGCGGCGCGCUCACGCCUCCCCUUCCCCUCAGGGGGGCAGCGCCGCGCAUGCGCGCCGCCGGCCCGUGCUGGCCGAGCCGCCCCCCCCCGUUCAAACAGGAAGGCGGACAUGUUGGCGGCCGCCGCGCCGUGAGGCUCGUGGCUUUCUGCACCUUCCCUCCCUUUGGUGGUGGUGGUGGUGGUGGCGGUGGCGAGGAGGGAGAGCUGCCGCCCUCGGGACGCUGGCACCGACCCGCCGCCGGCUGCUGCUGCUGCUGCGGGGCGACGACGACGACAACGACGAGGAGGAGGAGGAAGAAAAAGAGGAGGAGGAGGAAGAAAGCAGCAGCAGCAGCCAGAACCGCUACGCUGGCUCUCAGGGCGCCUUCCCCGGCCGGCAGGAUGCGGCUGCUGAGGCAGCGGGGCCCGAGCAGAGGAGGCAGGGAGAGGAAACCUGCGGCUGCACGGCGCUGAGGCGCCCCGGGGAGCGGGAGCAGGAGCAGGAGCAGCCCCCCUCGCCUCAGGGACUCACGGACUGAAGGGAGCCCGCAGGGAGCGCGCCCCAGCCCGGCCUGGGCUGCGCGGCUUCUCUUUUGUGCGUGUUCCUCUUCUUUUUUUCCUUUUUUUUUUCUUUUAUUUUUAACCUUAUUUUGCUCUGGGAUAAAGGGGACCUUUCCAAUCCCUGGAAACAUGUCGACGGGGGAGAGUUUUGAGGCGCGGUUCGAAAAAAUCGACGUGACUCUAAAGGACCCCAAGUCCGAGGUGAACGUGGACUGCUUGCUGGAUGGAUUAGAUGCUUUGGUAUAUGACUUGGAUUUUCCUGCCUUAAGAAAAAACAAGAACAUUGAUAACUUCUUAAACAGGUAUAAAGACACAGUAAAUAAAAUGAGAGAUCUGCGCAUGAAAGCUGAAGAUUAUGAAGUGGUGAAGGUGAUUGGUAGAGGGGCAUUUGGGGAGGUUCAGUUGGUAAGGCAUAAGUCAUCAAGAAGAGUGUAUGCCAUGAAACUUCUAAGCAAAUUUGAGAUGAUAAAAAGAUCAGAUUCUGCUUUCUUCUGGGAAGAAAGGGAUAUUAUGGCUUUUGCUAACAGUCCCUGGGUUGUUCAGUUAUUUUAUGCAUUCCAAGACGACCGUUACCUUUACAUGGUCAUGGAGUACAUGCCUGGUGGGGACCUUGUGAAUUUAAUGAGCAACUACGACGUUCCUGAGAAAUGGGCAAGAUUUUAUACUGCUGAAGUUGUUCUUGCAUUAGAUGCAAUUCACUCAAUGGGUUUUAUACACAGAGAUGUGAAACCUGAUAAUAUGCUGCUAGAUAAAGCUGGUCACUUAAAACUAGCAGAUUUUGGUACUUGUAUGAAGAUGAACAAGGAGGGUAUGGUACGAUGUGAUACAGCUGUAGGAACACCAGACUACAUCUCUCCUGAAGUAUUGAAGUCCCAGGGUGGUGAUGGUUACUAUGGAAGAGAGUGUGACUGGUGGUCAGUUGGAGUCUUCCUGUAUGAGAUGCUCGUAGGUGAUACACCUUUUUAUGCAGAUUCUUUGGUUGGAACAUACAGCAAGAUUAUGAACCAUAAGAACUCCCUUACCUUCCCUGAUGACAACGAUAUCUCUAAAGAGGCGAAAAACCUUAUUUGUGCCUUUUUAACUGAUAGGGAAGUGAGACUAGGACGCAAUGGAGUAGAAGAAAUUAAACGGCACCUUUUCUUCAAAAAUGAUCAGUGGGCUUGGGAAACUCUCAGAGACACUGUAGCACCAGUUGUGCCUGACUUAAGUAGUGACAUAGACACUAGUAAUUUUGAUGAUCUGGAAGAAGACAAAGGAGAAGAAGAAACAUUUCCGAUACCAAAAGCAUUUGUGGGCAACCAACUUCCAUUUGUAGGAUUUACUUACUACAGCAACCGUCGGUAUUUAUCCGUCUCUGCAGAAAAUUCCAAUGACAACAGACCAGGCUCCAAUGUGGAUAAAAGUGUGCUGGAAAAUAUGCAGAAAAUGAUCUAUGAGUUGGAAGAACAACUACAUAAUGAAAUGCAGUUGAAAGAUGAAAUGGAGCAAAAGUGCAGAUCUUCAAACAUAAAGCUAGACAAGAUAAUGAAAGAACUGGAUGAAGAGGGAAAUCAGAGAAAGAACUUAGAAACAACUGUGUCUCAAAUUGAGAAGGAAAAGAUGGUACUGCAGCACAAGAUAAAUGAUUACCAAAGAAAAAUUGAACAAGAGAAUGAGAGGAGGAGGAAUGCAGAAAAUGAAGUGUCCACGCUAAAAGAUCAAAUGGAAGACUUGAAAAAAAUCAACCAGAAUUCACAAAUUACAAAUGAGAAGAUAACACAAUUACAAAAACAACUAGAAGAAGCCAAUGACUUGCUAAGGACAGAAUCUGAUACAGCAGCAAGACUGAGAAAGGGUAACACAGAAAUGAGCAAGUCAUUAAGUCAGGUAGAAUCACUAAAUAGAGAACUGCAGGAAAGGUGCAGAGUCCUAGAAGGUGCAAAACUGCAGGUGGAGAAAGAUUACUACCAGCUGCAAGCAGCACUGGAAUCAGAACGAAGGGACAGAAGUCAUGGAUCUGAAAUGAUUGGAGAGCUACAGGUCCGGAUUACAACUUUACAAGAAGAAGUAAAAAACCUUAAGAAUAAUCUUGAAAGAGUGGAAGCAGAAAGAAAACAAGCACAGGAUCUGCUUAAUCAUUCAGAAAAGGAAAAGAAUAAUUUAGAGAUAGAUUUGAACUACAAACUAAAGUCAUUACAAGACCGGUUAGAACAGGAAGUAAAUGAACACAAAGUGACUAAAGCUCGGUUAACUGACAAACAUCAGUCAAUAGAAGAGGCAAAAUCAGUUGCGAUGUGUGAAAUGGAAAAAAAAGUAAAGGAAGAAAGGGCAGCAAGAGAAAAGGCAGAGAAUCGAAUAGUUCAGGCUGAAAAACAGUGUUCCAUGCUAGACUUUGACCUGAAGCAAUCUCAGCAGAAACUGGAACACCUUCUUGAGCAAAAGGAAAGACUAGAAGAGGAAGUAAAGAAUCUGACAUUGCAGCUAGAGCAAGAGACAAAUAAGAGAAUAAUGGCACAGAACGAAUUAAAGGCACAAGCUUUUGAAGCAGAUAACUUGAAGGGUUCUGAGAAGCAACUGAAACAGGAAAUCAAUACGUUAUUGGAAGCAAAGAGAUUACUGGAAGUUGAGUUGGCUCAACUUGCGAAACAGUACAGAGGAAAUGAAGGUCAAAUGCGUGAGCUUCAGGAUCAGCUUGAAGCUGAGCAGUAUUUUUCGACACUUUACAAAACUCAGGUUAAGGAACUGAAAGAGGAAAUUGAUGAAAAGAAUAAAGAAACUCAAAGAAAAAUGCAGGAAUUGCAAAACGAAAAAGAAACACUCACUACACAGCUGGAUUUAGCUGAAACCAAAGCUGAGUCGGAACAGUUGGCACGAGCUCUCCUUGAAGAACAGUAUUUUGAACUGAGUCAGGAAAGCAAAAAAGCAGCAUCAAGACAUAGGCAAGAAAUGACUGAUAAGGACAGCAUCAUAAGAAGGCUCGAAGAAACUAAUAACACAUUAACCAAGGAUGUUGAUUUAAUAACAAAAGAAAAUUCAGAGAUCAGUGAAAAAAUUAGGAAGCAGGAGGAAGAAUACAAGAUAAAAAAGGAGGAGGAAAUCAAUAAUAUUAGAAUGCAGUAUGAGAAGAGUAUCAACACUGAGAGAACUCUGAAGACCCAGGCUGUCAAUAAGCUGGCUGAGAUAAUGAAUCGGAAAGAUUUUAAAAUAGACAGAAAGAAAGCAAGCACGCAAGAUUUGAGGAAGAAAGAUAAGGAAAACCGAAAGCUACAGUUAGAGCUUAAUCAAGAAAAAGAGAAAUUCAAUCAGAUGGUAGUGAAAUACCAAAAGGAGGUCAAUGAAAUGCAAGCGCAACUAGCAGAAGAAUCUACAUACAGGAACGAACUACAGAUGCAGCUGGAUAGCAAAGAGAGUGAUAUAGAACAACUGCGAAGGAAAAUUUUGGACCUCCAGCAAGGAAUGGAUUCCACCAGUGUUGCUAGUCUCCAGACAGAUGAAACAGAUGGAAAUCUUUCAGAAUCAAGACUUGAAGGUUGGCUUUCAAUACCAAACAAAGGAAAUAUAAAGCGAUAUGGCUGGAAGAAACAGUAUGUCGUGGUGAGCAGUAAAAAGAUACUGUUCUAUAACGAUGAAAAGGACAAGGACCAGUCUAACCCAUCCAUGGUACUAGACAUAGAUAAGCUGUUCCAUGUCCGACCUGUAACUCAAGGAGAUGUAUAUAGAGCAGAAACUGAAGAAAUUCCUAAAAUCUUCCAGAUUCUGUAUGCUAAUGAGGGAGAAUGCAGGAAGGAUUUGGAGGUAGAACCAGUACAGCCGGCAGAGAAGACGAAUUUUCUAAAUCACAAAGGCCAUGAAUUUAUUCCAACGAUAUACCACUUCCCAGCCAACUGUGAGGCCUGUGCCAAACCUCUUUGGCACGUCUUUAAACCCCCUGCUGCCCUGGAAUGUCGAAGAUGCCAUGUGAAGUGCCACAGGGACCACUUGGAUAGAAAGGAGGAAUUAAUUGCACCAUGCAAAGUGAGUUACGAUGUAACUUCAGCAAGAGACAUGUUGUUACUGGCAUCCUGUCAAGAUGAACAGAAGAAGUGGGUGACUCAUUUAGUAAAGAAGAUCCCUAAGAACCCGCCAUCUACUUUCGUUCGAGCGUCUCCUAGAACUAUGUCUACAAGAUCCUCAGCAAAUCAGUCAUUCCGAAAAGCUGUUAAAAAUACUUCUGGAAAAACUAGGCACCGAGUGUGGAGGAAGAAGCAUGUUGAGCAUAAACAAUUUAGAGAGGCACAGCUCUUGACCAGCGAGAGCGCUAGCUAACCACAUGUACAGUGCUUAAUGGAAUCUCCUGGGAUGCGGUCUGAAAAACAGGGCUUUUUUAACCACACCGAGCAGUGCAGACAGGCUGUUGUUCCUUUCAACAUAACUAUCACAGGCUUCAGGGUUAAGAUUGCUAUUACUGUCUCCUCCUUGCUUUGGCACAAAAGCACGCUGAGGGUGUUUAAUUGCGGGUUUGCCUAAAGGUAGAUUAGAUUAAUUAUUACUAUGUAAUGCAAGUUAAAGCAAAUAAAGCUUAGCUAGGUGUAUAAAAAAAAAAAAGGUGCUGCCUUUUUGGAUAAAAAAAAAAAGCAAGCCUGUCAAUCAUGAUGAAAUACAGCCAACUUUCUGCGUAUCAGUGAAAGAAGACUGUUUACCCUGUGAGGGGAAUAUUUAUGUCAAGAUGAGCAUAUGAAACGGAGUAGAGGAGGAAGGUUUCUCAAUGAGAAGGACUGCAAUUGCUUUCAAGACUCAAAGUUGUGCUCUUGAAGACUGCAGAACUAGCUUAAAAAUGAAGCCUUAUCACUUGAACUUCAGUGCCUUCACUGCAGAGUUCUUAACAGCCUUAAUGCUAAUCACCCACUAUGGAAUGGAUCAAAGUGUUAAAUAUUUUGCAUUAUGCUUUACAAAAUACCGAUUCAGCAGGUUUGUAAAGGGGGCGGGGGGGGGAAACAAGUAAUUGCCUUUAAUCUAUGCAUUUUUGCCAAGCCAUACUGAAUUCUUUUACUAUUAGAGGCAUUAGGAACUAACAGUAAGGAGAACCGAGUUUGGAAGCAUAUUUUGGGGUACAUCAUUUCUAUAACUGUGUAAUGUAUUGCCUUACAAUUUUAAGUGAUAACAUACAUUAAGUUAACAAACAUAUAUGCACUGUUUGAAAUGUAAAUUAUUCUUAGAACACUUUUACUGAGUUUUACGUUGUCCUUUUAGUGCCUUAAUUUGAGAUAAUUGUAUUAUUGCCAUGUCAGUAAAUGUAGAAAUGUAAAAGUAAACAAAGGAAACCUCAAAAAAGGAAAAAAAAAGCAAAACUAUUGUAUAUCAGUGGCUUUUACUGAACUUUAAUUGGUUUAAGUAUUGUAGACGCUAGAUGAAUUUUCUAAAUUAAAUACAGUCUUUGAACGAGAAUUCCUCUUACAAAGGGACUGGUUCUGGUUUGUAAGGCAAGAAAUGUGUAGGCAAUGCAAAAAGGAAAAAAAAAAAAGCAUAUAACACAAGCUCCAGGUAAUUCAGGAAUUUCAGUAAAUGCUGUCAGACUUUCUUGCUUUGUAGCAGGAAUACAUUCAUGGUAUGGGCAGUAUGGUUUUAUUUUAUUUUAUUUCUUAACCAAAUACCUCCUCAGUAAUUUAUAAUGGCUUUGCAGUUGUGUAUUAAAUAAGAAGCACUGGAAAACUGAAUCGUCCUUAGGACGAUAUGCAUGUUUCAAGUGGUAUUGAAAGCCGCACUGAUGGAUAUGUAAUAAUAAACAUAUCUGUUAUUAAUAUGGUUAUGACUCUGUGCUCAUUUAAUGAGAAAUAAAGUAAUUUAUGGAAGGACCCGUUUGAAAA